CCAGUCAAGAAGCCAAAGGGCAAGAAGAAGAUGGACCCGUCCAAGUAUUCCACCCGGUACAUUGCCCUGAAGCUGGCGUACCUGGGCAAAAACUACGGCGGCUUCGAGUUCCAGGCCAUGGGCAACCAGCCGUCCAUCGAGGAGGAGCUGUGGAACGCCCUCACCAAGGCGUGCCUCAUCUUCCCCGAGGACGAGAAGCUCGUCGACUUUGACUGCUGCGAGUACUCCAAGUGCGGCCGCACAGAUCGCGGCGUCAGCGCAUUUGGCCAGCAGGAGGAAAAUAAGAAACCCGAAGUGCAAACAAAGCCCUUUGACGACAUCCGCGAUGAGAUCCCCUAUCCUCAUGUUCUCAACCGCCUGCUCCCCAAGGAGAUCCGCAUCCUCGCCUGGUGUCCGUCGCCGCCUCCCGACUUCUCCGCCCGCUUCUCGUGUCGGGAGCGUCAGUACCGGUACUUCUUCACUCAGCCCGCCUUCGCCCCGACGCCGUCUCACAUCGAAGGCGUCCCGAUGAAGCAAAGGACCAGGAAGAUCAUGAAGCCCGGCUGGCUGGACAUUGAGGCCAUGCGCGACGCCGCGAAGCGGUACGAGGGCGAGCACGACUUCCGCAAUCUCUGCAAGAUCGACCCGGCCAAGCAAAUCACAAACUUCAAGCGCCGCAUGUUCGAAUCAGACAUUGUCGAGGUCAAGGAUGCCGCCUCGGCCCUGCCGUACCUCAAAGCCGCCGGCUUCGCCCCUGAAGAUGUGGCCCUGGACGAUUCCCCCUCUGGCGGCGUAUACCCAAAGGUCUACUACUUCCACGUCCGCGGAUCUGCCUUCCUCUGGCACCAGAUCCGCCACAUGGUCGCCGUGCUCUUCCUCGUCGGCCAGGGCCUUGAGCAGCCGUCGCUUGUCAGCGAGUUGCUCGACGUGGAAAAGAACCCGCGCCGCCCAAACUACGUCAUGGCCGAUGAGGUUCCCCUGGUGCUCUGGGACUGCAUCUUCCCGUCCGAUCUGAGCGUGUCCACGGCGUCUCACCGCAAGGACGAUGCGCUGCAGUGGGUGUACGUCGGCGACGAUGGGCCGAGCGGGCGGUUCGGCCAGUUUGGCAUCAUGGACGAUGCGUGGCAGAUGUGGCGCGAAAGAAAGAUGGACGAAGUCCUCGCAGGCCAGUUGCUGCAGCACGUCUCGUCCCAGGGCAACGGCGGCAGCACGACGGUCAAGGCGGCAGCAGCUGGCAGCGCAAUCAGCACAAAGGUCUUUGAGGGGGGUAACGGUGGAAGGCUGAGCGGCAAGUAUCCAGGCGUCAUGAAGAUGAAGCUCCUGGAGUCUGCAGACGAGCAGAACGACAAGUAUGCGAAGCGGAAGGGAUAUGCGGAUGCCGAGGACAUGAGAGCGAAAAAGGGGUUC